GUCAUGAACGAGACUAAUACUUUAAUAAAUUGGCCUGCUCGCCUGAAAAUCGGAGCCCGAUCGAAAAAAGAUCCACAUGUGAGGAUUGCUGGACGGCCUAAUGAUGUGAAACUUGCACGAGAAAAAAUUAUGCAGUUAUUGGAUACAAGAAGUAACAGAGUUACAAUGAAAAUCGAUGUCAGUUACACGGAUCAUUCGCACAUCAUCGGAAAGGGUGGUCUAACAAUAAAGCGGGUGAUGGAAGAAACCGGGUGCCACAUUCACUUUCCGGACUCGAACCGGACGAGCGCCGUUGAGAAGAGCAACCAAGUGUCCAUUGCGGGGGAUAUGGAGAGGGUCGAGAGGGCUAGGGCUAGAGUUAGAGCUCUCACCCCACUGGUGUUCUGUUUCGAGCUGCCCAUAGUGUCUGCGUCCCAACCGCUGCCCGACAUCAACUCGCCCUACGUCCAACAGAUACAGGAACAAUAUAAUGUGCAGGUGAUGAUCCGAAACCGUCCCAAAUUACACGCGAACCUGCUAGUGGUGAAGGGAGUCCAGUGGGAAGUGCAAGCUACUAUGGAGGCUACUAGCUUGCUGAUGAGCUACAUGUGUGGACCGCUCGCUAGCCAAACGUCAGUCCAAAUGACCCUGGAGAUAUCGCCCAUGCAUCACCCGGUGGUGGUGGGCCGCGGGGCGGAGCAGCUGAAGGUGAUGAUGCAGUCGAGCGGCGCGCAGAUCAUGUUCCCCGACGCGGACGACCCCAACAUACCGGCGCUGCGCAAGAGUUGCGUCACCAUCACUGGACAGAUCAAGGAUGUGUACAAGGCUCGCCAGCAACUCGUGGGCAGCCUUCCUCUGGUGGUAAUAUUCGACGUACCGGAAGAAACAUGCCGCAUAGAAACCGAGGCGGUCAAUGCUUUGAUGCACAAGCACAGCGUCUACAUCAGUGUGCGUCGGAAGCCGAAACAAGGGAUUGCGUCUGUGGUCAUCAAAGGCAUAGAACGGUGUGCUGGCGAUAUCUACGAGGCUCGUCGCGCACUACUCGGCGGCAAGGAGUCCUCCAUCACCGCUGAGAUCCCGGAAUCCUACAACAUUCCGACACUGAACGCACACAAGUUCACCGCUUUUAACCCAUUCUCGCCCACACACACACUCAACUCACCGUGCUCGCCCUACUAUGAGCUGGCCACACCUCUCCAGGUGGGGGUGGGGGUGGGGGGCUACAGCCCCGCGACGCCGGCGUACAGCCCGCUGCGGCUGGUGUCGCCCACGCCGCCGCUGCACAGCUGGAUGUGGGCGUCGCCGCAGCCCAGCGCCGACCACUUCCGCUUCCCGCCCGCCCAGAUGCUGUACAAGGGGCAGUCCUGGAACCCGAUGUCGAGCGAGAUGAACAACAUGCAGCCAUCGAUGAUGAUGCAGCCGCCGCACUUGCAAGUGCCCAACGACGGGAGACCUAUUACGCUAAACCAGCUGCUGAACUGCAGCUCCGCAGCGAGCAGCGGCUACCAGAGCAACUUUACCGGCAGCUCCGUGUCUCUCGAUGCGCAGAAUAUCUCCGGUGCCGGCGAAGGCAGUGUGGCUUCGCCCUCCGUAUCACCGAUAAGCAAGACUCAUAGUCCAGCACCUUCCACGGAGAAUGAACGAUCACAUCAUGAACUAGCGAACAUAAUAUCGGAGCUGCCGCUGAGCGACCGGCGCGCGGUCGGCUGCGAGAAGAAAACCCUGGAAACACUCAACAAGCUGUCCCCGCUCGCCGACUAUCGGAAAAUGCAGCAAGAGGCCAAUAAGGCUAUGCGCGAAAACGUCGGCAGCGGGUACCGUGUGCCAACGACGCGGUGGUCCGGGUGUUACUUCAGUCACACUUCACCGGGGAACAUUAACGUUAACGAUGAGAAAAUCAACACUACGCCCGAGAAGCAAUGGAACCGUUCGGAGCUCGUCCGGCCGAACAUAGCGGAGAGCGCGGCGACGCCCCGCGCGGACCGCUGCGAACAGCUCUGCGACCUGCUGAGGGACAUCGGCCUGCACAAAUAUAUCGAUGUGUUCAGAAAGCACGAACUAGACAUGAGCACGUUCACGUCUCUCAACGACGCGGAUCUCAUCGAAAUUGGCAUCGCCGCGUUCGGCGCCCGCAGGAAGAUUCUGCUAACAAUCGCAAAGCUGCAAAAAGAAGCGGGCAGCCCGAAUGACCGGAAGAUGCUCAAUUCUCCACAAUAUAACACCGCCCUCACUAAAGACAAGUGGUAAAACCACCAUCCGCUUAUGAGACUGCGAGCUGGUCUCCAACA